AUGGUCGACAGCAUAGACAUGGAGAAGCAAAAGAAGCAGUAUUGUAUUCGAGGUAAGCAUGUAUUUAUCAUCUGCGUGACUGUGGCGGUGUGCUCUCUGGCAGUGGGCCUCGGGGUGGGCCUCUCUAGGUCGGAUAGCGUCCCCGUGACCCCCGUCCCCCCAACACCAGGGCCGACCCAGCCUCCUCCUUCUCCUGGCAGAGGGCCGUGCACACCUUCCACCGACUCUGAUGGAGACUGGAGGAACUUCCGUUUACCCAGCUACGUGACUCCGGUCCACUAUAACCUGCACCUGGAGCCGGACCUGGUGGAUGACACCUAUAGUGGCACUGUGGACAUCCAAGUGGAAGUCAGUAAGCCCACUCGUCAUCUCUGGCUCCACAUCAGGGAGACGUUUGUCAGCGCCAUGCCCAGGUUAACCAUGCUGAACAGCCAGGGAGCACAGAGGGAGGUGGCCGUGAAAAGCUGCUUUGAAUACACGCCUCAGCAGUACGUGGUGGUGGAGGCCACAGAGGAGCUGCCGGUCACCGGCCCAGGAGAACUGUACGUGCUCAGUCUGGACUUCCAGGGUUGGCUCAACGGCUCUGUGGUGGGGUUCUACAGGGUCAUCUACACAGAGGGUGGGCUCACCAAGAAGAUUGCUGCAACGGAUCAUGAGCCAACAGAUGCCCGAAAGUCAUUCCCCUGCUUUGAUGAACCAAACAAGAAAGCCACCUACACCAUCUCCAUCACUCAUGACGCUGCGUACGGCGCUCUGUCCAACAUGCCGCCAGAGGGCGCUCCUCAGCAACUGUCCGGCAACAAACUAAAAACCACCUUCCAGAAGUCCGUUCCAAUGAGUACCUAUCUGGUGUGCUUUGCUGUGCACCAGUUCAAGUAUGUGGAAAGAACUUCUGCCCGAGGAAUUCCUUUGAGAAUCUACGCUCAGCCGAGUCAGCUAGCAACUGCAGAAUACGCAGCCGACAUCACCGAGAUCAUCUUUGACUACUUUGAGGAAUAUUUCAACAUGACGUACUCCAUAUCCAAACUGGAUAAGAUAGCCAUCCCUGACUUUGGUACCGGUGCCAUGGAGAACUGGGGCCUCAUCACCUACAGGGAGACCAACCUGCUGUAUGACGAGAACGAGUCAUCGUCCGACAACAAGCAGCGCGUGGCCAGCGUUAUCGCCCACGAGCUGGUUCACCAGUGGUUUGGGAACAUUGUAACCAUGGAUUGGUGGGAUGACCUCUGGCUAAAUGAGGGCUUUGCCAGUUUUUUCGAGUACGUCGGUGUGGAGAAAGCGAGACCUGACUGGGGCAUGCGAGACAUCAUGAUUGUCAAUGACGUGCUUCCUGUCAUGGUGGAUGACGCCCUCAUUUCCUCUCACCCCAUCAUUGUGAAUGUGUCCACCCCAGCAGAAAUCACUUCUGUGUUUGAUGCCAUCUCGUACAGCAAGGGAGCUUCCAUUCUGAGGAUGCUGGAGGACUGGAUGGGUAAAGACAUGUUCAGAGACGGCUGUCGAAAAUAUUUGAAAGACUACUACUUCAAGAAUGCCAAAACAGCCAACUUCUGGGAGUCACUUGCCAGUGUCAGCGGGCUGCCAGUGGCUGACGUCAUGGACACAUGGACCAAACAGAUGGGUUAUCCUGUGCUGGACCUGUCUGUCUCUGAGACAAAUGCCAGGCUCAGACAAACGCGUUUCCUCCUCGACCCUAAAGCUGAUGCCAACCAACCUCCCUCUGCUCUCGGGUACAAGUGGACAAUUCCAGUGAAAUUUCAGACUGUGCAGAGCGACAGGAAGUGGUUGUCUAUGUUUGACAAGAGCAGCGCAGAUCAUGUCAUCAGUGACUAUUCCCUGUCAAAGGACGGGCUACUGAAGGUCAACGAUGAUCACAUGGGAUUCUACAGAGUGAACCACGACGACCACAUGUGGAAUGUUAUUAGUGAGCAGCUUCAAACCAACCACUCGGUGCUCGAUGCAGCAGACCGUACGAGCUACAUCGAUGAUGUUUUUGCUCUUGCAAGGGCUGGCCUCAUAGACUACGGUAACGCCUUCAACCUCACUAAAUAUCUAACAAAGGAGUCUGACUACAUCGUCUGGGAUCGGGUGGCUUCUUCUAUCGCUUAUGUUCGAGACAUGCUGUCUGGGAAAGCUGAUCUGUACCCAAAGUUUCAGAUGCUGUUUCGUGACCAUGUUAAAGUAAUCUCAACCCAGCUCGGAUGGAGUGAUGUGGGAGCGCAAACAGACAGGUUACUGAGGGAGACUGUGCUCAGCAUCGCCUGUCAGAUGGAGGAUCCAGACGCUCUGCGUCAAGCCUCCCACAUCUUUGACCAGUGGAUUAAUGGAGAACUCAGCAGCGUCGCCGUGAACCUGAGACUGCUGGUGUACAGGUACGGCAUGAAGAACUCAGGAACUGAAGAAAAGUGGAACACAAUGUUUGAACGGUACAAAACCUCUUCUUUGGCUCAAGAGAAGGACAAGCUGCUGUAUGGACUGGCAUCCGUGGAGAACGUGGACCUUCUCUACAAGCUGCUGGAGGCUACCAAAGAUGAGUCUGUAGUGAAGAGUCAAGAUUUGUUCACUGUGGUGCGGUACGUGUCCUACAACUCCCUGGGUCAAAGCAUGGCCUGGGACUGGACCACGCUGAACUGGGACUACCUGGUCAACAGGUACACCAUCAACGACAGGAAUCUUGGGCGCCUCCUGACUCAAAUCAGCACCACCUACAACACGGAGCUCCAGCUGUGGAAGAUGGAGCAUUUCUUCAGCCGAACACCGGAUGCUGGUGCCGGGGAGAUGCCCAGGCAGCAGGCGCUGGAGACGGUGAGGAACAACAUCGAAUGGCUGAGACAGAACGAGGACGAGAUCAGACAGUGGUUGGAGAACAACACCGUCUGA